CGCGCGAGCGAGCGAGCGAGCGGCGUCUCAGCCAGCAUCUGCCGCGGCCGCGUUUGCCCAAAGCCUGGGGACCGACUUACGGAUCGCCUGGCAAACGGACACAGGCGCUUGCUUUGUGCUUGAGACCAGCUUCGGCAAGGCUCCGGGCUUGCAGUGCGUGGCUUCUCCGCCCACUCGCGGCUACUCAGCUCCGGCGGCCUCGGCGCGCGAGGGGCUGGAGGUGCGGGAGCCGCUCUCCGCCGUCGGUUCCCCGCGCGGCUGAGCCCGGGCUGCCAGCGCCUCGGCCCCGAGCGGCGUCCGCGAGCUCCAGCUCCCCGCCGGGCCGCUCUGAGCAACCGUGUUCCGGGCUUCAAACUCGGGCUCCCGGGGCAAGUGUCUUCAUGAACCCAGAGGAUGUCCGGGAAGCACUACAAGGGUCCUGAAGUCAGUUGUUGCAUCAAAUAUUUUAUAUUCGGCUUCAAUGUCAUAUUUUGGUUUCUGGGAAUAGCAUUUCUUGGAAUUGGACUGUGGGCAUGGAAUGAAAAGGGAGUUCUGUCCAACAUCUCUUCCAUCACCGAUCUUGGCGGCUUUGACCCAGUUUGGCUCUUCCUUGUGGUGGGAGGAGUGAUGUUCAUUUUGGGAUUCGCAGGGUGCAUUGGAGCUCUCCGAGAAAACACUUUCCUCCUCAAGUUUUUUUCUGUAUUCCUGGGAAUUAUUUUCUUCCUGGAGCUCACUGCUGGGGUGCUGGCAUUUGUGUUUAAAGACUGGAUCAAAGACCAGCUGUAUUUUUUUAUAAACAACAAUAUCAGAGCGUACAGGGACGACAUUGAUUUGCAAAACCUCAUAGACUUCACCCAGGAGUAUUGGCAGUGCUGUGGGGCUUUUGGAGCUGAUGAUUGGAACCUAAAUAUUUACUUCAAUUGCACAGAUUCCAAUGCAAGUCGAGAGCGAUGCGGUGUGCCAUUCUCCUGCUGUACUAAAGAUCCCGCGGAGGAUGUCAUCAACACUCAGUGUGGCUAUGAUGCCAGGCAGAAACCAGAAGUUGAUCAGCAGAUUGUAAUCUACACGAAAGGCUGUGUGCCCCAGUUUGAGAAGUGGUUGCAAGACAAUUUAACCAUUGUGGCUGGUAUUUUCAUAGGCAUUGCAUUGCUGCAGAUUUUUGGGAUAUGCCUGGCCCAGAAUUUGGUUAGUGAUAUUGAAGCUGUCAGGGCUAGCUGGUAG